AUGUUGUUUGAAAAACAAUUGCUAAAACGUAAAAAAGAAGUAUUUGAACUAAGGCAGGUUGCUUCUUCUAUCAUUAAUGUUUUGAAACUGAUAGGAAAACAAGGUCUCGCAAUAAGGGGACAAGUUGAAAGUGCCUACAGUUUUGACGAUCCUUCAGUAAAUCAUGGAAACUUUUUAGAAAUAAUAUUUCUAUUAUGUAAUUAUGAUAAAAAUUUAGAAGCGCACAUAAACAAAGCUAUGGAGAUAAGUAAAACAGCUCUAGAAGCUCAUAAAGCAAGUUCUGAGAAACAACGAUAUAGAGGAAGAGGUAGUCAAUUAGCAUUAUUGAGCAAAACAACUAUAAAUAAAUUUAUAAACAUUAUAAAAGAAUUAAUUCAAAAGGAUAUAGUUGAGGAAAUAAAACAGGCCAUCUAUUAUUCAGUACAAAUGGAUUCAACAACAGACGUUUCAGGUUUUGAUCAAUGUAUAAUAACCUUAAGGUAUGUAAAUAGAACAGAAGUAAAAGAAAGGAUAAUUAGUUUGAAACGUGUUCAUUCUGCUACGGGAGAAAAUCUGUUCAAAACUAUUCUCGAAACUUUCUUGUUUGUAAAUCUUGACGUAAAAAAUUGUAUUGCUGAUUCCUUUGAUGGAGCUGCAAAUAUGUCUGGCGAGUACAACGGAGUUUCAUCAAAAUUUAAGCAAUUACAACCUAAUCACAUCCAUACGUGGUGUGAAGCUCAUACAUUAAAUUUGGUGUUAUCUGACACAGCUGAGUGCGUUACAACAUCUAUAUCGUUCUUUAGUUUACUACAACAAACGCAUGUAUUUAUCAAGGACUCCCAUAAAAGAUUAGAAAUUUAUUUAAAGCAGAAUCCAAAUUUUCGAUUGACUGCCAUUGGCGCAACACGGUGGAGAUCUAAGAGCGAUUCAACCUGUAAAAUAUUUGGCCAUUUUGAUAAAUGGUCAAAAUGGGUCAAAGACGAUAUAUCAAGUUGCAAAUGUGUUUAUUUAGAAUUAAUUAUAUCCCUCUCCAUGAUAGCUAAUUCCCCCGAUUUUAAUUCAAAGGUUCGAAAUGAGGCAAAUAGCCUACUUCAGAAGUUUACUUCAUUUGAAAUUAUUCUGACUGCCAUGAUGUUUCUUUUAAUAUUUAAAACAACAACUCCUUUAUCAAAUUAUUUACAAACAAAAAAUUUAGAUUAUGUACAGGCAUGGCACAUGGUAGCUAGUGCACAAACUAAAUUAGAAGAUAUUAGAAAUAAUUUUCCGACAGUACUAGAUGCUGCACAAAACUUUGCGAAGCAAUGA